AUUUUUACAACAGUUUUCUUCAAAAUUAUAGGGUUCUUAAUUUGGCAACAUCACAAAAACAAUAUAUUUACCACCAAUUAACAUGAUACUGUCAAAAGUUGCUGCCAGUGCACUUCUGAUGACAGCAGCGGACUAUUCUAUGUUCCACUUAAGUCCCACUGAAGAUCCUUAUGCAUUUUCAGCUUUAGCUGUUAGUUUUUGCGUGGGUUUAAUAAGUGUUUUAAAAGGUGUAUACGAUGACGAUGAGACCAGUCAAGCACAAGAUAACGAUUACAAUACUGAAGAUUUUUGGAGGUUUGCGGUAAAUGUAUUGGAAAUGGCACAGUUACCAUUAAUAAAUGUUCAUAUGUACCUACAAUCUCAGCGCUGUCAUAGUUUGGCACGUACUCAUGGUAUUUUUAUAAUACCGCUUUCGAUUGAAGUGCUGUUGCGUUAUUUCAGCGACUUGAAAUAUGAUGUUUCCUUUAAGAACCUGACAAUCUUGGGAAAUGUUUUCUCAUUAUUGUUUUUGGCCAUCAAUGAAAAUAACAAAAUUUGUUUUGUCCUUGCAAGCGUAUCCAGCUUUACAUAUGUAAUUGCUUCCUUUAUGGGUGAACAUUUCAGAAAUUCGAGAGAUAUUGUGAAGUUAAUUGGUCACUCCGCUUUUGUACUGACUAUUGCAUUUACUGUGAAGGAUGCAGCAAUAGCAUUUAAGAAGGCUUAGCAGUUGUAUUCGGACAUUAUGUACAUAUUUGCAAAUUCUAAACAACAAUAAACCAUGUAAUAGUAGAUAUAAGUACAUAUUUGCAAAUUCUAAACAAUAAACCAUGUAAUAGUAGGUAUAAGUAA